CCGGCCUCGCCCCUUUCCCGCGGCGGAUGUGAGGUACCGGAUGAUGGUGCGUGACGGCGGCGGCGCGCGCGUGAGGCGGCUCGGCGGCGAUGGACGCGCUGGACCGGGUGGUAAAGCCUAAAACUAAGAGAGCAAAAAGAUUUCUUGAGAAGAGAGAACCCAAACUUAAAGAAAAUACAAAAAAUGCCAUGCUCAUUAAAGGAGGAAAUGCUAACUUAACAGUGACUGAAGUGCUUAAAGACAUUUAUGCUGUUAAGAAGCCUUUUGCUGUACUGUAUAAAAAGAAAAAUAUUACCAGGCCUUUUGAGGAUCAAACAUCAUUGGAAUUCUUUUCCAAGAAAUCAGAUUGUUCUUUGUUCAUGUUUGGCUCUCAUAACAAGAAGCGACCUAACAACUUGAUAAUAGGUCGCAUGUUUGACUAUCACGUCCUAGACAUGAUUGAGCUAGGCAUUGAAAAGUUUCUAUCUUUAAAAGAUGUCAAGAACAGUAAAUGUCCUGAAGGAACAAAACCUAUGUUGAUAUUUGCUGGUGACAUGUUUGAUGUAAAUGAAGAGUACAGAAGACUGAAGAGCCUUCUUAUUGAUUUCUUCAGAGGUCCUAGUGUGCCCAGUAUUCGUCUGGCUGGCUUAGAAUAUGUUCUGCAUUUCACAGCUGUAGAUGGGAAAAUUUACAUGCGAAGCUAUAAGGUGCUUUUGAAGAAAUCUGGCUGUAAAAUACCAAGAAUUGAAUUGGAAGAGAUGGGACCUUCAUUAGAUCUGGUUAUGAGGAGGACACAUUUAGCUUCAGAUGACCUUUAUAAACUGUCUUUAAAACAACCAAAAGCCCUGAAGCCUAAGAAGAAAAAGAAUAUCUCCCAUGAUGUGUUUGGUACAACUUAUGGUCGAAUCCACAUGCAGAAGCAAGAUCUUGGUAAACUGCAGACACGGAAAAUGAAGGGGUUAAGAAAGAGAUCAGCAGAGAAAUCAACUGAAGAUGGUGGACUUAGUCCCAAAAAGCCAAAAUCAGCUUGAUAGUCUGGAACAGCUUUGAAAACUCUUUGUACCUUCAAAUUUAGUAUAUAUAUAUUGUAAUAUAAAUGUGUCAGACAUUAAAGAUUCAGCUGCUGUUAGCCUUAGUUUUAUAAAAAAUAUAUUUCAAUGGUUUGUCAUUUUAAAGGGAACAUGGGGCUGUUGAGCUUUAGCAUGGAACUUGGUUAUUUAAAAUAAAAAAUUUGAUACAACUUCCUGAGUUUUC